AUGCGGCUGCUCCUACUCCUGUUCACGAUCCCUUACAUCGUGGGCCAGCAGCAAUGGGUGCCGUGCUCAGAACUGAAUGAUGACCUUCGCUACCCGUGCCGAUGCAAGGUGCAAGUAGACCGGGCACUUCAGCUGAGGAUAGUUAUGAACUGUGAUCGUAUAGUAUUCAAUGGUGAUUUCCCGUCACUACCUUAUGGAGCUCCUAUUAUAUCUUUCAGCCAGCGAUAUGCUGGACAGCAAGCUUUACCUACUCAGAUAUUUUCAUCCUAUGGACUGCCGUUGAAAGAAUUAGACUUUUCCCACAACAGUCUUCGGAGGCUUCCAGACCGACUCUUAGCUGGUGUUAAAGGCAAUAUUACUAAACUAGUAUUUGCCGAUAAUUUACUUGGUGAUAAUUUAAACCCAAUAUUUUCAACGGCUGAACUUCAUAACUUGCCAGCUUUGGAAGAAUUGGACUUAAGUGGGAAUAGCAUUCGCGGACUAGAAGAAGGUCUUCUAAUCGGUUGUGAAGUACUAAAGGUCUUGCGACUGGACCGUAAUAACAUGAACUAUGUACCUUCAUCUUCAUUAAAUGGACCGCAGGCGCUGAAAGUGCUCUCUUUGAACGAAAAUAGUAUAGCACUAAUACGACAAGGUUCUUUCAUCUCUCAAAAGACCUUAGAAGAAAUAGACCUUCAUGGAAAUAUGAUAUCUUCCAUCGAAGGUGGAGCUUUUGCAGGCCUCGAGGAUCUGCAGUCCUUGGACUUGGGACGAAACAGACUUUCUAAGUUCAACAGUGACGUGUUUCAAGGGGCUGAAAAUUUAGAGAAAUUGGACCUUUCGGAGAACUUUAUAACAGACUUUCCCACGGUUGCGUUGAAGUCAUUUGCCGCUCUCAAACAUUUGAAUAUUUCGAGUAAUAUGAUCACGAACAUAGGCAACAGUCAUCUCAGCUCUUUAAUUUCUCUUCAAGUUCUGGAUCUAAGCAGAAAUAAUCUAGUUAAGCUGUCACCUGGAACUUUUGUUGGGUUAACUGAGCUACGUUAUUUGGAUGUAGGCGUCAAUGCUCUUCGCACCGUUGAAGAUGAUGCUUUCGAUGGUCUAACAAGUCUUGAAACACUACUUCUUCGUGACAAUAAUAUACUGCUUAUUCCAGCCACCGCUCUUUCACGUCUGCCUAAUCUAAUCUCAGUACACCUAGGCUAUAACAGAGUAACUGCAUUGUCCAAUGACAUUCUCAAGGCAGUUUCUGAUAGAGUCACUUCAUUAGUCCUUUCACGCAAUGUCAUCAGAGAACUACCAGCAGCAGCUUUUGAUCAUUUCACAAAUUUACAUCACCUGGAUCUCUCGGGAAAUCUUUUGAAUUUCAUAAGUGCUGAAGUUUUUAGUGGUUUAGAACAGCCUCUUAAAUUCUUAUCGCUAAGCCAAAACCGAAUUCUAGAGUUUGUAGGAGAACCCUUGAAAUUUAUUAACCUGUGGUUCUUGGACAUCUCAGAUAAUCAAAUUUCAGACAUACCGGUAGAUGCAUUCCAAUAUAUUCCAAGUCUUGUUCACCUUAAUUUAAGUCACAAUUCACAUAUGAGCACACUACAUCAGAAUGUAUUUCAAAAUAACCAAGCACUUAUGACUGUGGACUUAAGCCAUGUUGGUUUAAAGGCACUGCCUGUUAAUUUGUUUUCUAAAACACUUAAUUUAAAACAAAUUGAUUUGUCUUAUAAUCUGUUACAAGAAGUAUCUGAAAACACUUUCAAAAAUCUUAGAAAUCUAACUCAUUUAGAUUUAUCUUUCAAUAAUAUUGUCACUAUUAGAACACCAUCUUUCGUAAACGUUAUGAAUAUACAAUAUUUAUCCUUGAAAGGCAACCAACUUAACGCUUUUAAAGGAGAGUUCUUCAAUACUGGAACGAGUCUCGAAAUUAUAGAUCUAUCUGACAACCAAUUGAGUUACUUGUUUCCAUCGUCAUUUAAAAUCCACCCGCGCUUAAGAGAAAUUAUACUUAGCAACAAUAAGUUUAACUUCUUUCCGUCAGAACUUAUAAGUACUUUACAAUAUCUUGAAUUAGUGGAUUUGUCUGGCAAUGCUCUGAAAAACGUUGAUGAACUUGAUUUUGCUCGGUUGCCAAAACUAAGGACUAUCUUGUUGGCUAGGAAUGAGCUUGAGUCAAUAAGCGAAAUGGCUUUUCACAACUCUACUCAGAUUCAACAUCUGGAUUUGUCGAGUAAUAAAAUAGACCGACUGGGUGAUCGACUCUUUGAAGGACUAAUACGGCUAGAAGUUUUGAACUUAGGUGACAAUUUAUUAACUGAGUUGCCGGAUAACAUUUUUGAACGAUCAAGAAUACACAUGCUAGAGAACAUAAUUUUAAACAGGAAUUUAUUUGAACACGCUCCCUUAAAGGCAUUGCAAAAACAGUACUUUUUCGUCUCAUCAGUUGAUUUAUCAUAUAAUCAAAUAAUCGAUAUACCAGCUGAGGAUAGUGUAAUGGUUAAUAUCAAAAAGUUAGAUUUAUCGUUUAAUCCACUGUCUGAAAAAACUAUCAGCAAUGUUCUAACUGAACCAAAAACUGUGCGCGACUUAAAUCUAGCUGGAACUGGUAUUAAAACAAUUGGCCAGCUAGAAACACCAUUCCUACACAACUUGAACUUAUCUUUUAACAAAAUAACUAAACUAACAGAUAAAACUUUCACAAGAACUACAUUACUUGAAUCGCUUGAUCUCUCAGAUAAUCAAAUUACUGACGUGUCGGGUUCACUCUCUAUAUCAUGGCCUAAACUCAAAAAUCUCCAACGGCUCAAUAUUUCCGGUAAUCCUAUGGUAAUGAUUACGGAAAAUAAUUUUGAAAAUCUUGCGUCACUGCAAGUUUUGGAUAUGAGAAAUUUGGAAAAAUGUACUAGAAUUGAAAAAAAUGCUUUUAGAUCACUGCCAAAUUUAAUUGAACUAAGAGCAUAUGGAUAUCCAAGACUAGGAUACUUUGAUGUGCAAGGUGCAUUAGCGUACUUAUUGGCUUUAGAAAAAUUGGAUGUUGAAGUUAAAGAUACUACAAUCGGCGCCGAUCAACUGCACACAAUACUUCAUCCACGUCUAGAAGAAUUGGGAAUAAGAGGUUCACGUUUGAGAACUGUAUCAUCUGGUGUAUUGGCUGGUUUAAAGGCUCCAGCAAUAACGGUCAAAUUUAGAAAUACAUCUGUAACUAGUUUACCGCCUGCUUUACUUUUCCCAUUGCCUCGAUCUUCUCAAAUAACUAUAGAUGUAGCUGGAAGUCAAUUGACGACUUUGCAACCACAACUACUAGUAGCUUUAGACGACCGUCGGGCGGAUUUAUCGAUGUUUGGUUUAGAUACUAACCCUAUCCGUUGUGAUUGUAACACUCGAGCUCUUAGACGAUGGCUUCCAAAUGUAGGCAUAAUGGACGUUAAAUGUGAGUCCCCAGAACAUUUAUCUGGAUUUUUAUUAGUGGAAAUAGGAGACGAUGAAUUGACAUGUGAAACUAAACGGCGAACCACAGUGACAUCGACAAGUCUUUCUACUACAUCUACUCCGAGAAUCGUUCGUACAUCGUCAGAACCUGAUAUAAUUUGGUCCGUCGCACCAGCUCAUGACCGUCCCAAAGCCACCGGAGAGCCAAAAGGGGCAUCUGUAGUUGGAGUAACGAGCACGAAUAAUGACGAUAAUCUUAUAAUUGGAAUUGUCGGAGGAGUUGUAGCGUUUAUUGCAAUCUUGAUAGUUGCUAUAUGUGUUGUUAGGUUGCGAAUGACGUCGACUUCAUAUAGAGGAGGUCCGUUGGCUAGCAGCCCGACAGCUGGUGGUGCGCCUGUAUGGGGACCUCCUUGGCCAGGUUAUGCGGGUACGUUACCACCACCGUCGUUGUCUAACGCCACUUUACCUCACAAGAUGCAGUCUGGUCCAGGUUCAGUUAGAUACUUAGCACCACCACCACCCGCACCUUACUUUAUAAGCCUACCCCCACACGAUGAAAAAAUUUACCGAUAA